AUGGGAAGAAGUGGUCAUUCGCAUAGAAGCACCCUUAAGAAAGACCACAAACCAUUCAAGUCAAGACAUGCGUCAAAAGGUCUGUUGAAGAACCAGUAUAAGGGCAAGGUUGAAAAGGCCGGUCCCGGAUCAGGAAAGACCCAAAAGGUGGUGUCAAAAUUGCAGAGAAAGAACCAGAGCAAGCAACUCAAAGACCAUAAAAUAUUGGAGACCAAACUUGCUAGACGUUUGUUCGAAGGAGCCUCGGGUGCUGAGAAGAUCAUCACCGUUAUUGCACUUACACCAGAUCUUUCACCAGCAGGCAUAGCAUCUCAAUUAGUGAACAGCAUUAAGGCCACUCCAGAAGAUCCCGAUAUCGAAUUUGCCAGUCCAUCGGUGGUUUCGCUCAGAUUGCCACGUUUCAAGUCCAAUGUUAAGUUCAUCAUUCCAGAUCAGACCAACUUGAUCUCCAUCUUGGAUGCGACGAAGGUGUCUGACUAUGUCAUCUUUGGCCUUUCAGCAGAACAAGAAGUCGAAAAGGACUAUGGUGAACUGAUUUUAAGAGCCAUUGUGGCCCAAGGUGUUGCAUCUGUUGUGGGUGUUUUACCCAAUGUCAUUUCUGCAUACCCAAAGAAGAACCUACAACAAGAUAUCCGCCAAUCUUUACAAUCCUUCUUCACACAUUUCUUUCCUACAGAAGAGAAGCUCUAUGCUCUCGAAUCUGAGUCGGAGGCUCUCAACUGUAUUCGUACCAUUGCACAGAAGAUGCCAAAGUCCAUAAAUUGGAGAGACUCCAGAGCAUACGUCCUUGCUGACAGCUUGAACUGGGUCGCUGACUCCGACCAAGGAGGCUUUGUUAUCGUUGAAGGUACGGUAAGAGGUGUGGGCUUCAACGCCAACAGACUUGUGCAUAUUCCAGGCCAUGGUGAUUUCCAGGUUCAGCGUAUUGAAAAGAUUGCCAAGCACAGAAACCCAAUGGAAGACGAGGACAUUCUUGCGUACAACGCGGACAUAAAUCAAGAAACUCUCGAGGAGCUCAAUCCUGAGGAGGCUGAAAUGGAAGACUUCGAUGAAUAUGAGUACGACGACUAUGGUGUUAGAAUGGAAGGUAAAAACUACUUUGAUGGAGGAGCUAACGAGAAAAAUAAGAGAUUCAAAGCACCAGAAGGCACUUCGGAAUACCAGAGCAAGUGGUUGCUUGACGAUGUUCUUGAGGAUGCAUCUGACGCAGAGAGUAUCGAUGAAAUGGAGGAGAUUGAUGAAAAUGACAUCGAGGAAGAUAUGGAAGACAACGGCAUGGACGAUGAUGAUUCGAAAUCGCAAUUCGGUGACGCUCAGCUGGAAAUGUUUGUCGAAUUAUCUCCCGAAGAGGAAGAAGAACAGCUCAGACAGUACAGAGCUUUAGAGAAGGAAGACCGUGAGUUCCCCGACGAAAUCGAAUUGGCACCCGAGGAGUCAGCUAAAGAUAAGUUGGGCGAUUACAGAGGUAUCAAAUCUCUUGGAAACUGCGACUGGCACUGGGACGAGCAGGACUCUGAAAGACCAUCAGUAUACAGCCGGUUGCUUAGGAUCAAUCACUUCAAGGCAACCCGUAACAAGUUACAGAAAGACGCUGCUAAGGAAGCUCAGACUACCCCAGGUCAGAAAUAUCGUCUUUUCAUUCGUGCUCCACCCUCAGUUGUGGAGAAUGUCGAUGUCAGCGUCAAUCCAUUCGUUGUCUACCUGUUGCUUCAGCAUGAGCACAAGUUGGCUGUUGCCAAUUUCUCCUUCACAACCUGGGAGGACUACGAAAAGCCAGUCCCAUCUGGCGAGCAGCUCAUCGUGCAAUACGGAUUUAGAAGACAGGUCAUCAACCCUCGAUUCAACCAGGCAUCAAACCCCUCCAACAAUGUGCAUAAGAGUGAAAGGUUCGCUCACCAAGGAGAGCUCAGCAUUGCUACCACAAUUGCUCCUCCAAUUUUCCACAAUGCUCCGGCCAUAUUUUUCAAGACCACAUCCGAAGGUGGUCUAGAGCUCGUUGGACAAGGUACUUUCUUGAAUUGCGACCACACCAGAGUGAUGGCAGAGAGAGUGGUUUUGACGGGUCAUCCAGUCAAGAUUCAUAGACGUCUCGUCACGGUGAGAUAUAUGUUUUUCAAUUCCGAAGACAUCAACUGGUUCAAGGCUGUGCCUUUGUUCACCAAAUCUGGCAGGACUGGUUUCAUCAAAGAGAGCUUGGGUACCCAUGGUUAUUUCAAGAGUACUUUCGAUGGACGUCUUUCUGCACAAGAUGUUGUUGCUAUGGCUCUCUACAAGCGUGUCUGGCCUACAUUGUCUCAUCUGUGGAAUGCUUAA